AUGUGCGAUCCGGAGAUGAAGGUGUGUGGGUUGUUGUCGUUGCCGGAUGAUGUGGCUUGGAACUGCCUGGCUCGGGUGUCGAGAAGGGACCUGGCGGCCUUAGCCGUGGCCUCGAAGGCACAGAGAACCAAAACCACGGUGGUUCAUCCAGCACCCGGUGCACCGCCGGCUGAAACCGAUCCAUCUCGACGGAAACGUGUCUCCGGAUUCAUCAGCCUCUUACGUGCCGGGGAGACGUUGGACUGGCACGAAGUCAAGGGUUUGGAAUUGGAAGAGCUGCAAGAGUGUCUGCUCGAGUUGGGAUAUGAUAUCAUCAAACUCUGCACAAACUCUAAGGGUCACCUUGUCAUCUACUGGAACGCCCGCCCUCUUGGUCCUGAGAGUUUAGAUCUCGGGUCUGCCGAGAUUUCCACAACGUACCGGAACGGAAAGGUCUGGGGGGAGAUUCUGUGGUAUGGUUCUGUCUUCAAACUCGAUCCUCCAGCAGACUCACAUAGCAUUAAGGUCUUAUUUGCUGAUUAUGUCCUUGCCUGA